GGCUGUUUCACGAAGCGGGUUCAGUGAAAACUCGGAGUUAGUUGUGUGUGAGGUAAGGGAAACUCAAAGUUAUCGGUUUCAAAAAGCCAGUUGAGCCCAACUCUGAGUCAUUUACCGCGGUAACAUACCCCGUGAAGCUAACCUGCUUGCUAGCAGGUUUAAUCCCUGUAACUCUGAGUUCCUCCUCUUUAAAUGAACAGUCAGAUUGAAGCAAGUACUUUCUCAGACAUGGCGUGUCCUUUUCUUGAAAGACCGGUCGACAUCGAAGCACAAAUCAUCCGCAGGAAUCUACGUCAGGAGAGGGUGAUCAGACCCCGUUUAGAUAUUUUAUCGUUUACAAAUGAUUUUCUGUUAGAGCGUUACCAUUUUUCAUCACAGACAAUCAUUUAUCUCAACAAUAUUCUUAGCCCUCAUUUUGCUCGUCAAACACACCGUGGACAUCCUCUCAGUUCCGAGCAAAUUCUUUGUACAGCACUUCGCUUCUUUGGUAAUGGCAGCUUUCUGUACAAUAUUGGUGACGCUCAACAUGUUUCUAAGGCAACCGUCUGCCGGUGUAUCAGACAGGUUACUCUUGCGCUUAAACAUUUUCUCUACACGUUUGUGGCAUUUCCUGGUCACAGAUGUAGUAGAAUAAUCAAGGAAGAAUUCCACAGAAUUGCAGGAUUUCCAGGUGUGAUUGGCUGCAUAGAUGGCACACAUAUUCCCAUUAAGGCUCCUUCAGUAAAUGAAGGAGACUAUGUGAACAGAAAGUCAUUCCACAGUAUCAAUGUGCAGAUUAUAUGUGAUGCAGCCUAUGUCAUCAGCAACGUGGAGGCAAAGUGGCCUGGGUCUGUGCAUGAUGCCAGAAUGUUCCGUGCAUGCACACUGAGUGCUAGACUUGCUCGUGGGGAGUUCAGUGGUUACCUACUCGGUGACAGGGGGUACCCAUGCCAGCCCUAUCUGCUGACCCCAUACCCUGAUCCUGAGCCUGGCCCACAGCAAAGAUAUAACUUGGCUCACAGCAGGACCCGGGCCAGAAUAGAGAUGACCCUGGGCAUACUGAAGGCCCGUUUCCAGUGCCUCCGUGGCCUCCGUGCCACCCCAGAAAGGGCCUGUGAUAUCAUUGUUGCAUGCGUAGUCCUGCACAAUAUUGCAAUGAUGAGACGAGAAACCUGGGUUGCUGCCCCAGAGGUUGACCCUGAUAACAACCCUGACAUUCCUGUUGAUGCAACAGAUGGACAAGCUGUUCGAAACGCAAUAUGUUCUAAUCAUUUCCAGUGAAUAAGUUGCAAAUAAAAACAUAUGACAAUCA